AUGGGGGAACCGGGCCAGCUCAGGGGGGAGGUUCUGGGGGCAGUAGGAGGAUGGGGGAAGGGGAAGAAAGCCGGCAAGACGGAGCAGAAGAGCGGGACCCUGGGUAAAGGGGCGAGCAAGAAGAUCACCAAGAUCAUCGGCCUGGGCAAGAAGAAGCCCUCGGAGGAGCAGACCUCCUCGGCAGAGGAGGAGGUGCCCACAUGUGGCUACCUGAACGUGCUGUCCAACAGCCGCUGGCGCGAGCGCUGGUGCCGUCUGAAGGAGAACCAGCUGCUGCUGCACAAGGACCGCGACGACCUGCGCAGCCACAUGGCCUCGCUGCCCCUGCGCGGCUGCGAGGUCAGCCCCGGACUGGACCAGAAGCACCCCUUCGCCUUCCGCCUGCUGCGCAACGGCCAGGAGGUGGCCGUGCUGGAGGCGUCCUCCUCCGAGGCCCUGGGCCGCUGGCUGGGGGUCCUGCUGGCCGAGACGGGCUCCACCACUGACCCGGCGGCACUCCACUACGACUACAUCGACGUGGAGACCACCGCCAACGUCAUCCAGCUGGCCAAGCAGUCCUUCUGUUUCACCAGUAAGCGUGCUGUGUCUCCCAACCCCUACCUGGACAACCCGGUCAAUGGUGGCUACUCACGUCCCAGUGGUGUGGCCCUGCAUUACGACGACGUUCCCAUCAACGGCAUGCUGAAGGGGAAGAAGGGGGCGGCGACCAAUGGGACAGCGUCAAAGCAGAAGGCGGAGCCAAAGAACGCGCCCAAGAAGAACGGAACCAACGGCGUUAAUGGAACCAACGGCACGGCCUCCAUCAAGCGCAACAACUCCAGCGUGGACCAGUACAAGUACGGGAAGAACCGCGUGGAGGCGGACGCCAAGCGGCUGCAGGCCAAGGACGACGAGCUGGCCCGCAGGAAGCAGGAGAUCCGCAACCGGCUCACCCAGCUCAAGAAGGAACGCCGCGACCUCCGGAGCGCCGUGGAGGCCGCUGCCGGCAAGCGGACCCUGGCCUCGCUGACGGAGCGCCUGAAGAAGGUGGAGGACGAGUGCAAGCAGAAGGAGGAGGAGCGCGUCACCCUGGAGCUGGAGAUGACCGAGGUGCAGGAGAGCCUGAAGAAGGCCCUGAGCGGAGGGGUCACGCUGGGCCUCACCAUCGAGCCCAAGUCCGGCAGCUCCACUCCUCAGUCCCCAGUGGCGGUGCGGCGGACCCUGGAGUCGUCCCCGUUCUCCAGCUGUGACACCAGCGACACCGAGUCCCUGUGCCUGCCCGUCAACAGCGCCUCGCUGCUUCGCAGGCACCCGGCCGGCCAGAAGGUCCCCCCCGUCAGGGGCCACGUCCUCAGGAAGGCCAAGGAAUGGGAGAUGAAGACAGGCACAUAAGAUUUCAUACUUCUGGUGUUUUACUUUAUUUUUGUGUAUAUAUUUAUUUAAAAAGACCUUCCAAGCAGUCCGAAGACACACAAGCAUAGCAGACCAAGCAGGAGAAUAAGUAUCGUAACUGAAACCAAGCGAGUUCUCCAAGCAUACCAUUAGAUAUUUUAGCGUUGAGCAUGCUUAGUUAGUGUACUUAGUCGGGUACAACUAUGUUGUUACAACUGUACCUGUUUUUCAUUCCAAAAGUGUAUUUGCUUUUUCAUUUUUUUGAUUCCACCUAAUCCAGUUUCAGAUUCACACUUUGGGUUUAAAAGCUCUUAAAGGUCAGACGUAUUUAUUUGUAAAUGUUUGAAGAAAAUACUAGCUUCCCAUGCUUUAUUUAUGUCAAUAUAUUUAAUGUAAUUUUCUUUUUGAUGAAUGAAAGCCCUCCACUGACUUUCUUGUAUUUUAUUAUUUUACAGUGACAGCAGUCAAAUUUCCAUUAUACAUCCUUUAUUCUUUGCAUUUUUUUAAACUACUUUUUUGUCAGUGACAUGACGACGUCUGCCGUUGGUGCUAUUCAAUUGAUAUCUUGAGAUGGGACAUUUCAACUCAAAAAGCCCCAAGUGUAUAUUUAAGCGUUUUUUUAUUAAGGAUGCAGUUAUUAGUAUUAAGGACACUAUUGGGACAUUAUCUAAGAUAAUUCAUAACAGGAACUAAUUAUCAUGCUUCUGGUGAUCAUUUAAAUGUGUUUGAUUACAACUGCACAAAGCAAAUGUUAGCCGGACGCUACUAUCGUGUUUAGUUAGCCACUUUGGUAGGUCAAAGUUAGAAAAAAACAAGAAUGUGCUUUUUCAAGGGCCACCCUGAAAACUACAAUGCCAAACACUGUUCAUGCCAUUUCUGUUCCUGAUUGGUUAAUAAAGCGGUGCUAGGUGAUUGGUUAAUGAUGCUGCCAAUUCUUCAAAGGAAAACAAACCGUUAGAGCUUGUCCCCGCCCACUAUCAACAUUUAAAAAACGCUUUCUCCUGAACCUUUCACAGUAAUGGGCGGUGCUUAUCGCUGUUCAGGCCUCCUCUCUCUUGCCCAAGCCCCUCCCACUCACUCACGUCAAUCCGAUUCAGGGGGGUCAGAAUGUUUGAUUGACGUUAUCCCCAAGCUAUCAAUGACAGGAAAUGCCCGCAAUUGCAUUGCAAUAUAGAGGCAAAUUUCAGACAAUAUUUACAUUGUAUCCUACGUUUUCCAAAAUGUUCUGCGUAUAUGUCGAGAUUCUGACUAGGGUCAAUCCAUAACACCCACUACAUCACUUUUAAUCUAAAAUAUGUUGUGCUAGGGUUUAGUUGUCCUUUCAACAUCCCUUAAAUAUGGCAGUGUGGGGUCUGAUUGGGUACUCGGGACCACACCCACAUUUCUAUAAAUACCCGUUAGGGAGAUGGGGUUUGUUGUUUCUCUUCUGUAUAUAUUAUCUAUCCUGUACUCUCCACCUGGUGCAUUUUUUAAAGUCUGCAAACUUUAACGCAGUCUGCAUGUCGGCAUGAAAAUGAGGAUCUUUUAAAAAAAAAAUCUUCCCUUGGCUUCACAUUGCUUGUCUGAGAACAGUUAUUGUGAACACAUUGUAAAUACCUUUGCUGGAUAAGAAGGGGGUGUGGCUAUUAGGAUUGGGGCGGGGUUUGAGGGUUUGAGUUUGAGUUUGCACCUUAAGAUCUUUUGUACUCCGCUGUUUGACUUUUGACAGUUGCCGCCUCGGUGACAAAUAAACGUGUACAUACAUAAACAUAUUGUAAUAAACAUAUUGACAAACAUUGCUCUCUGGACUGCUUAUUGCCAGCGAUCUGAAAACAAUAUUUCUUUGUCGUGGUUCUCCAAACUCCAGAGUGUCACAUUCAGUGGCGACUGGUCAUUAGGGGCAAGUGGGGCUCGGCCCCACCUACUCUCACAAGAAAAAAAGAAAAGAAAAUGAAAAUGUAUAAAAAUAAAUAUAUAAAAAAUAUAAUAUAUAUUUCUAUAUAUAUAUACAUAUAUAUAUAUAAAAAUAAUCUCCCCAGAAAUUACUAUAAAAUAAUAAGUUCAGCGCUUUUAUUUAAUUUUUAGUCGACCCUGGCUUGCUUCUUCCGGCUGAGUUCGUCUGGAGGGGCAAGAGGUGCUCUAGCCCCACCAGCCCAAUGCAAUGUGAAUUGGACUUGAAACUUUGAAAUGCGCAUGCUCAGAGUGUUUCUCUGUUGAAGUGGACGGAGAUUAUUUUACUUCCUGGCGGGGCUAACCACCGGGACCACCAUGGACAUAUAUGGUUCGUUCCACUACAGCGUCAUUUCGUUUUUCACAGUUCAUUGGCUGUAGGGUGAGGCACGUGAUGAGUCAUACCUCGAGUGACCUCCUACCUCACCUCAAGUGACGCGCUCAAGAAGUCCGGUAGCGAAGAAGAAAAGUUGCCCUGUGCCCACUACCUCCGUCCGUUGACUGAUCCCCAUUGACUUUGAAUGGGGAGGGACGCGCAAUGCAUUGUGGAUCCGUCCGUUCCGUUGGAGCCUUCGGCUCCGUCAAGAAGUUGACAAUUGUUCAACUUUUUCGGCAGCGACGGAUCCGUCAUCCAAUCAGAUCACGUAUGCAAAUGUAAGCACUGUGACGCGACUCGGGCUGUGACGAUACUGGAAAGCGGGAAAUCGGGUAAUCUUGCCUCGCAACAAGCAGAGAUGAGGAAAAAUGCUAAGUUAUUCACAGGGCGCGGAGGGAGUAUGUUCCGAUCGCACAUGAUACACGUGUGGGAGUUCCUGGUGCCAUCAAUCCUCAGGGUGGUCAAUGAGGACGUCAUAUCUGAGGACUUGGUGUUUCCGAUAGCGGCUGUGAUCGUAGAUAUGGUGGUGGCGUACCGAGUAUCUAUGAAUGCACAGCUAUCGGAUCCAGUCAAGGAAGUGACAGUUCGUGCGGCCGAGUAUUUCCUUACCAAUGAAUUCUUCACAGAUGCUUCCGCACACGGAACCGAGGAGGAAGAAAUCACCUUCUUCAACAAGGUGUUGACAUGGUGCCUUCAGCGCAAGCCGUCGGAUAGAAGGACAAUCUAACUUCAAUAACGCAAACGCCAACUUUCUCUGUGCCAUCGCGAAGCGGGGUACGGCCACCUCCCAAUGGUGCAACAAGCGGACCCGAGGAUUCGUGUCCGCAUCUGGGGAUGACUCGAUCCGGCUGGACAAGGGGAUAAUCUCGAAGAUGUGGAGCGUCUUUUCGACCAUGGGGGUUCAGGAUUGGGGAGCCUUCAUAAGGUUCCUCACGAAUGCCAUGGUUGAGAUGGGUCUCAAAGAAUGUUCGCAAAUCAUGCAUCAGGCAGCGAACAGCGGGCACACCUCAUGUGUCCUGAUUCAACUGGCGUUGAUGGGGCGUCCAGACUUCAAUUGGUCCCAGAUCAUUCAUGGCACACAUUUCUGGGGUAUGAGACCCACUGACAAAGAAUUCAGAGAUCAUAACGGAGAAUGGUAUACAGAGCAGAUGGAUGCCCAGGGAGAAGGAAUGACGCCAGACCAGCACGAGGAGCUAGCGAAGAGAAUCAGAGCGGAAGCUUUGCGGCUCAUUGCAGAACAACUCAAGAGCGGGAUCCAAGCAAGCAGCGGACUUCUGGCUGCUCUGAUGGGUGAGCUGACCGUAUGGCGAGCAGCCAUGCAAUCGCUGAUGGAUGACCCUCUCUUUGAAGCACCCCAUCAAAAACUGAAAAUAAAUAAAUAAAUAAAAAUAUCCGUGCUCCAAAGAACGAAAUGUAAACCAAUGCAUUCUGAAUGGGAGUGUUUCUCAGAUUUUUCCAUGCUACACAGAACGAAAUGUAAACCCAUGCAAAUAAAGACUCUCUGUAGACUCAGGUUCGAGUCCCCCUGCAGGCACGGCUAAUAAGAAUGUUGAGCUUUCAGACACCAUGUAGGUUCAGGUGCCCUGCUCAGAACCAGGGUUCAAGGGGUACCGUAAUUUCAGAAUCAUGUGAAUGGUAAAGUCAAGUAUAACCUCCAAACCAGCUCAGGUAAGCGUCUUGGUGGUGCAGCGGUCAGGGCUGUUGGUUAAUGCUCUGUAGACUCAGGUUCGAGUCCCCGCACACGCAGCCACCAGAGGUACAUUAAUGGAUACAUCAUAUUUCUCUAUCAUGUGAAUGGUAAAGUCAAGUAUAACCUCCAAACCAGCUCUGGAAAGCGUCUUGGUGGUGCAGCGGUCAGGGCUGAUGGUUAACGGUUAGUUAAUGCUCUGUAGACUAAGGUUCGAGUCCCCGCUCACACAGCCACCAGAAUUACCUUGGUGGCUGUGAAGUCAAGUAUGACCUUUGGAAAAGGUAAGCCACCAAGGUACCUUGGUGGCUGUAAAGUCAACUAUGACCACCACCAAGGCGUCUUGGUGGUGAAGCGCACCGGGCUGUCGGUUAACGCUCUGUUGACUCAGGUUAGAGUGCACGCAUGGCUAAUAAGAAUGUUGAGCAUUCAGACACUAUGAGACACACACACGGCCACCAGAGGUACGUUAAUGGAUACAUCUUAUUUCUCAAUCAUGUGAAUG